UAAUCCGACUUUUACAUUACUGUGGAUUAACCCUUCAUUUUUAACAUAGUAUCCCACAGUUUUCAAUUACCGGACCAAAGCGUUUAAGACAGCAGGCAACUUUAACAGACUUGGUGGGAUCAGUUUGAGAGAUGGAGGCUGAGGAAAGCAAAAUAUCAGUGUGGGUUUGUCGAGAGGAGAAGCUCGUGUCGGGCUUGUCGAAGCGCACGACCUGCGCUAAUGUGAUCCGAGUGUUACUGGAGGAGCAGAACUUGCACCAGUGCGUCACCACCGCGAUGCUCUCGGGCUCGCCACAGUCCUACUGCAUUGUAGAGAAAUGGAGGGGGUUUGAAAGGAUUUUGCCGCACAAAACGAAGAUCCUUCGUCUGUGGAGUGCGUGGGGAGAGGAACAGGAAAACGUCAGGUUUGUGUUGGUGAAAAAUGAGGCUUCUUUACCCAGCAACGGGCCGCGGAGCGCAGAGGCGCGCGUAGUGCUCAGCAAGGAGAGCCCGACGUGCGUCUAUAAGGGGACCGCAAGAGCGACCAUGGCUCUGUCACAAGAGAAACAAAGGCGCAUCGUUAGAAAAGCAUUCAGAAAGUUGGAUAAAAUCAAUAAGAAAAGGGCGCAGAGUGUCUCCAAGGACGCAUCGUCUUUGGAGAAAAUGGAGACCCUUGUGCACCUGGUCAUAUCUCAAGAUCACACCAUCCGCCAGCAGAUUCAAAGGAUAAAAGAGCUUGACAUGGAAAUUGACAGGUAUGAGGCCAAAGUUCAUUUAGAUAGAAUGAAGAUGCAUGGGAUAAAUUAUGUCCAGGAUACGUAUUUAGUGGACGCCAACCCAGAAAACCCAUCUCUUGAUUCUGCAGAAGCACUCGCCCAGUUUGAGGAAUACGCUCAAAGAUGUGAGGAGGUCAUCAAACUGCAGGAAGAACUGGCCGAACAUGAGGCUCUUAUGGAGAGUAUUACAACCGAGAUCCAGGAGGAACUCAAUAAAAGAUGGAUGAAAAGAAGGCAUGAGGAACUUUCAAAUAAAGACUCUGAGACCAGCUCCACCCAGGGGCCCCUUAGAGUUACAACUCAGACUCAAGACAAUGAUGCAGGACCUCCAAAGGUGGAUGUAUCAUCCGAAAAUGAGCCGCUCUUGGAAGAAGAGAGGAUCAGAACUCAACUCGAUACAAGUUUGUACAUCGGCCUGCGGUUGAACACAGAUUUAGAGGCUAUAAGGAACGAUUUGGACUUGGCAAAGGAGAUUUGGGGGGCAAAAGACAAGGAACUGAGGGAUUUACUGGAGAAAGUGAACUCUUUGGAUUUUGAGGAGGAUUGCGAGGACGCUGGGGAUCUGAAAGAGGAUGACAAAAUAAAAGCAGACACACUGAUGCCUCUCAAGGGAGACAGUGUGUGGGUGGAGCAGGCAAGAGGCCUUUCAAAAACAUGCAACACUAAUGAUGACGACUCAGAUACGGGACUCAGUUCAAUGCAUAGUCAAGACUCAGAUAUCACACCCAUAUGCGAAUCUUUAGUGUAAUAAGAGAGGCUACAUAAAAGCCAAACACUCAGGUUCACUACAUUGACCACCAUUUAUCACAUCAGCAUGCAUUAGUGUUAUUAAUGCCAUGUCAAAAUGUAACAUAUUAAGAAGAUAAUUAUGCACUUACGGUAUAUGAGGAUUCUUAAUCUCCAAUCAGUGUUAAUGUCAUCUCGAUGAGCAUAUGAAUUGAAGUUAAAGUCAAACAAGAUUGAAAUCAUUUUAAAUGUGGUUGGAUGCAUAUUUCUGCACAGGGACCAAAUAUGAUUUGGACACUUUACACUGUAAAAUGUGUUUGUGUGGUCACAUCUAGAUUAACUGGUUUAAUUCAGUUCUAUAAUAUGACUAAAGUAUACUCGCUGCAGUUUUUAAGGGUAACGUAUAUCAGGUAGAAAUAGCUCCUUUGGGUUCAAUACUAGUCAACAUAAGCUCAUUUGACAGCAUAUGUGACGAUGUUGAUUACCACCAAAAAAGUAACUUUGACUCGUCCCCUUUUCUUUACAAAAACCAACAAUAGAUGUAACAUUGAGUCACUUACAAUGAAAGAGGCUGGACCAUUUUUGGAGGCUUUCAAGGCAGAAAUGUGUCACUUAGAAGAAUUCAUCUGUGCUUUUAUAAAAUGAUGUUAAAACUUGUGUAUUGUUUGAGCUGUAAAGUGGUUUAAAUCAUUGUUUCUACAGAUGUUUUGGGGUCUGAUUCAUUUCUGUGGUAAUCAAUAUUAUGCCACAAAUGCUUAACAUGUAUUGAACCCAGAAUAUUUCUUUAAAGGAUUAGUUCACUGAAAAAAAAAAAUCUUUUGUCAUUUACUCAUUCUCAUGUCUUUCAAACUCAUACGGCCUUUUUUCUUCUGUUAAAUAAAACGGAGACACUUUGAAGCAAGUUUAUCCUUCUCUUUCCCAUACAAUAAAAGUGAAUGGUGACUGAGGCUAACAUUCUGUCUAA